AUGAACCAUAUGGCGUUGCUUUCUUCUUUUUCUACCAGCAAGUCUUCAAAUCGACAGUCUUCUGUCUCAUUCUUGCUACGACCAGCACCAUGGGACUCUUCAAAAAUUCUGGUUCACCCUCCAGGCUAUCCAACAGAGGCACCGCCUAUGUACUCAAUCACGUCCAAUGAUAGUGCUCCCAGCGUGGUAGUAUUUCGAGGCUGGGGUGAGGGUCCAUGGGACAUCAUCGGCAACGCUCGACUUCCAAGCCUUUCUUCCAAAAUACACAUGGGCUUUUACGGCCAGCCAAUAAACAUGCGUUUGAACCAAUUAUCGGGCAACUUUACGCUCGAGUCACCGGCCACCGGUCAAUUGAAAUGGAAGCUUGAUAUGUUGACAGGCAGGAACAUGGAGUUGCAGGAUGUUAUUGGUAAAAAGCUGGCCAAGCUACGACCAGGUAAAUCGGGCGAAAAGGUCUUGGAAAUUCUCGUCUCUCAUGACAGUCGUUUCUUUGAGUUGGUACUGUUAUCAGGGUGGACCGCCAGGACUAUGAACAAGUUGGUGACAGAGGCCACAGGCGAGGUGCUCGGUGCUAUUGUAGGGGCUUAA